GACUUACAACGAGAACGUAUUUAAAACUGAAAAGGGGACGUUCAGCCGGCAGAUUCAAGUAGUUGUAGAGCCGUACUCCUGGAAGCGAGCAUCCAAAAAGAGGACGCGCCUGUUCUCUGUACCUUUGUCACAAGAUCAACAUUCACGGCUUUACCUCAAGGAGCAACAACAACAACAACAACAACAAAACACCCCAAACAUUUUAGACUCGCUCACACCCUUUUAAGUGUUGCUCAUCUCCUCUGUGAUUGAGAAAUGAAUCUCAACAUAUUUUUACUAUGGACUUUUCUACAGUAUGUGUCGUCCGCUUUAGGGGAAAACAGUGUUCUUAAAGGUGAAGACGAGGGGUUUGAAUCGACAGACGAGGAGGCUGUCCAUGGCAAGAUUAAGUACAACAUGAGGAAAAGUUUAGACUUGGACCAAGAAGGGUGCUACCUGCAAACUGGCAAGAAGGCCUGUUUGGAAGAAUGUGGCUUCAACUCUAAAGCCAAGACCAUCUUCAUCAUCCAUGGCUGGACGAUGAGUGGCAUAUUUGAAACCUGGAUGCAUAAACUCGUCUCUGCAGUGAUGCAGCGUGAAAAUGAAGCCAAUUUGGUGGUUGUUGACUGGAUACCUUUGGCUCAGCAGCUCUACCCUGACGCAGUCAACCACACACGUGCUGUUGGAGUUGACAUUGCCAAAAUGCUCAACUGGCUACAGGAGGAACAUAAACUCCCUCUGGAGAAUGUUCAUCUAAUUGGAUACAGUUUAGGUGCUCAUGUAGCUGGUUUUGCAGGAACAUAUGUAAAAGGAACUCUUGGUAGAAUCACUGGUCUGGACCCAGCAGGGCCCAUGUUUGAGGGUGUGGAGGAGGAGAAACGCCUGUCGCCUGAUGAUGCCGAUUUUGUGGAUGUUCUGCACACGUACACUCGGGAGGCUUUAGGUGUGAGCAUUGGGAUCCAGCAGCCAAUUGGUGACAUUGACAUCUAUCCAAAUGGUGGUGACGUGCAGCCUGGCUGUGCGCUCAGUGAGAUGUUGGCAGCAGCAGGAAACUUUAUGGAGGUGAUGAAGUGUGAACAUGAGCGAGCCGUGCACUUGUUUGUGGACUCCCUGAUGAACAAGGAGCACAUGAGCUAUGCCUACCAAUGCACCGGGCCAGAUCGAUUCAAGAAAGGGGUCUGCCUCAGUUGUCGCAAAAACCGCUGCAACAACAUUGGCUACAAUGCCAGAAAGAUGCGCAAGAGACGCAACAGUAAGAUGUACCUGAAGACCAGAGCCAACACUCCUUUUGGAGGAUACCACUAUCAAAUGAAGAUGCAUGUGUUCAACAGGAAGCAGUUUGAUAAUGCAGAUCCAACAUUUUAUGUGAAGCUGUACGGUGGUCAUAAUGACACGGAAAACAUCUUUGUUGUCCAUGCUGAUCCUAUUGGCCUGAACUUCACUAACACUUUCUUGGUGUUCACUGAAGAGGACAUUGGUGAUCUGCUGAAGAUCCGUCUAAGCUGGGAGGGGGACUCUGAAUCAUUCAGCUCUGUCUUCAAAUAUAUCAAGAACUCUUUCUGGAACUGGAACGCCAACGCUGCCAAGCCUGUCCUGGAAAUCCGACGGAUUCGUGUGAAAGCUGGAGAAUCUCAGAAAAAGUUUACCUUCUGUGCGCAAGACCCUUCAAAAACGGAGAUCUCUCCAGGAGAGUCGAUAACCUUCGUUAAAUGUCGUGACGGCUGGGAAGUUAAACCUAGAAAACGGUUACCAAUGUAAGAAGUUGAGACUUCAAAUGACCAAUGCACAGUCACCACGGGGAGCCCCAGUGUGGUUCAGAGAAGAGGAGCAUCACUUUUGCACUUUUGUUGGAUUUAUUGGUGCACUGGGGAAGGAGGCUUCAGGUCUUGAAAGAUUCUUGGAAUGAAGACUGUGGGAGUCCUGUCUACCAGAAAGCUGGGAAAUGGUGCUCUGGGUGGUAGCCCUGGAGGUCCUGUCUGCGUUGAGGCUGCUGGGUGGAACGUUACUCUUGUGUGUACGAAGCUCUACUUCGUGCCAGGAAAUGCCAGCCAUUGUAGUACAUACUGUACAUUUUUUAAAAUAUUUUAUUUAUUAAAAAAUAAAGCACUGCAAGACCAACAUAACUUAUCAGCACAUCCCAUAAUGAUGGACAUGUUCAAUUCUUCCAGAUGCAGUAUUUGUGUGUUUGUCUGUGACCAAGAACUGCUGAGAGAUUACUGAUACACUGUAUUUGGACCUGUUAAAUACAACAUAGUGUUACAAAGUGUCAUUUUUGGGGUGUGUGUAAAUGGUGUAAAUCUUUUUUGCAUAAUAAAGUCAGUAAUUUGUA